AUGGAGUCUAGCAAGGACGUCGUCGUCCACGAUGCGAAACGAGCAAAGCUGAGGCUAGCAACCGCCGAUCACCAUGGCGGCACCGCCGCCGCCGGGUGGCAAAAGGAUCUCAUCAGCGGCCUCUGCGACGACGUGCUCCUGCGCAUCCUCGGGCUGGUCCCCGACGCGACCGACGCGGUGCGCACGGGCGCGCUCUCGCGGCGGUGGCGCGGCCUCUGGACGCGCGCCCCCGCGCUCCGCUUCACCCUGUGGCCACGGAACAGAAUCUGUUGGCCGCAUAGGCUAGACAACGCCGAGCGAUUCAUCGCCUUCGCCAGCAACGUCCUCGCUCUGCGCGCGCAGCAAUCAGGCGACGCCGCCAUCGAGCACCUGAAGAUCUCGUUCCCAUUCGACUUUGAAGGCGACACAGAUCAGCUCCUCCGGCUACAGUCCAUCCGCGCCGCGGAGACGUGGAUCCGGUGCGCUGCGCAGCAAUCGGUGAAGUCUUUCUGCUUCGACCAGCGCCUCCCUCGACGUCCUAUACCUGCCGCAGAGAACGGGGAUGAGGAAGAUGAGGACGAAAGAGACGAGGGGCCUGACGUGAUGGUCCUCGACGACCUUCCGAGCUCUGAAAAGCUCGAGACCAUGAGUUUGGAUCUAGACGGCGGCUGCAGAGUCCGGCUCCCUUCCGCCGUGGUGUUCGCGUCGCUCGUGGAUCUCACGAUCAAGUUCAUGAAGGUGGCGGCCGGGAGCGGCCACCUCCUUGCCCGCCUCUUGUCGUCGGAUUGCUGCCCGAGCCUGCAGAAGCUCUGCAUGUGGUUCGUCCGGCUGCCUUCUGGGAUGAACGAGCUGCUGCUCGAGAACAGCUCGCUGCUGGAGCUGACGCUGGAUGACAUGGACGACAUGUCGCUGAUCGAGCUGAGGACUCCCAGCCUUCGGGUUCUCGAGGUCAAGGAGUGCAUGGACCUUGAGGUGCUCGUGGUCUCUGCCCCGAGGCUUGAGGAGCUCAUGUUCUUGGAAAACAGUUCUCAGGUUCUGAUCGACGGGGACUUGUCGUCCGUGGGGAGGCUCAAGCUUGACUUCCAGAUGAUCAAUGCUUAG